AUGUAUCAUGUAGAGACACAUGUAUGUUAACUGAUAUCAUAAACAUUUUUGAAAAAUAGCGCGCGCAACUAUUAUUAAGAACUCAAAUUGUCGAAAGCCCAUCCUCCAGAGCUGAAAAAGUAUGUAUGUAAGUCCGAAAUGUAGCAGCAUAUUAAUCUGCGCCUUUGCGGUUUAGGUACAUGGACAAGCGGAUCCAGCUGAAGCUAAAUGCAGGACGCUCAGUCAGCGGUGUAGUGCGGGGCUUUUAUCCGUUCAUGAAUGUAGUACUUGAAGAAGCCGUUGAGGUGUGCAAGGGCAACACGAAGAACACCAUCGGAAAGGCGGUAAUUCGCGGCAACAGCAUUGUCAUGGUGGAAGCAGUGGAAAGGGUCUAACGACUGCCUUUUAGCUAUUAGAAAUAGUUUUAUAAUUUAACAACCUUCUGUGAAGCUACAAAACUCUUUAAUACAUUUAAAAAAAAACACAAGUGUGAACACAUACUCGAUUGAUGAUAUUAUAUCGGGGGUUUUGAAUAUUUCAAAGCCUGCGACCCUCUCCUAUUUCCAGAUACUGCGGGGAAUCAUGAUUAAGAUUUGGAUCUACAAGCAGCUUACACCCGACCAAACCUAACAGAACAUCUACAGUCCACUCUGUUCUAGCUUCAUAAACUGGGGGACUUGCGUUCUAAGGAAAUUUAGGUAUGCCAAUUGGCUAUUCCAGCACAGAACUUUCCAUAUGGCGCUAAGGUCCAUCAGUUAUUUGGUAAAAACAAUAAGUAGCACA